AUGACGCAAAACUUCGAGAAGUCGGUCAAAGGGGCCACUAAGAUCAAAGUAGGCCUGCCACCAUCAAUUCUCUCUAUGUUGCAAGCUCAGGGACAUAAUAUCCGAAGAUAUUCUGACUAUCUCAUUUCCCGCGCCAAGGCAUUCGCUGAUACUAAAACCGAUUACGUGCGAGGUGGCCAAGGCCGAUUAAAGCGAUUGACUGUCGAUAAGGGCUUGCUAAGAGAAACAGAAGUGGUACAGAGGCAAAUCAAGGCAUUGCUCAAAUGUGAUCUUCUCACCGAUGAAGUUGAGAAUGAAAUCACGUUAACGGCAUUCCGGCUGUUGACCAUGGACUUACUGGCUCUCUAUUCUGUUAUGAACGAGGCGACAAUCAAUGUUUUAGAACAUUAUUUUGAGAUGUCCCGCCCCGAUAGCGAACGCGCAUUGAAAAUAUACAAGACUUUUAGUUCUCAGACAGAGGAGGUCGUGAAAUUCCUUGGUGUUGCUCGACACUUCGAGUAUGCUACGCGGCUAGAAAUUCCGAACCUUAAACAUGCCUCAACCGAUCUCACGCAACUACUGGAGGACGAUUUGAAAGAUCCCGACUUUGAUCUACGGCGAAGAGAGUAUCAAUUACAGAGAGGGGCUAAACAAGCAGGCCGAGGUGUUUCUACUUCCGCUGGCAGGUCACCAGUGCUGCCCAAAAAAGAUACAAUUUCAAGUUCAUCCAACAGACCACAGACAGCCCCCGCACCGAAGACGGAGACCAAAGCCCCAGCCACUGACCUUAUCGAUUUUUUUGAUUCCAUUGAGCCGAAUCAGCCGCAACCCACAAAUGCACCUGUGCAACAGCAGCCAAAUUUUCAACAAGCCGGCUUUGGCCAGGCAAUGUUCCAAACGCAAUCAACUGGCUUUCCCGCCCAACAAAAUGGGUUUAUGCCCCAAGCUCAACCAGGCUUUUACCAACAGCAAACUGGGUUUGCGGGUGGUUAUAAUCAGAACAGCACAAAUCCCUUCGCUCAAGUGCAGCCACAACCACAACCACAGCUCACACCGCAGCAACUGCAACCUCAGUCCACAGGAGUCGGUUUCGGUGGGUACGGACCUCAAUCGUAUGGCUUUCAGAACACACUAUCAGUCAUCCCACAGGAUGGCGUCGCAACAUUCCCUCAGCAGCAAGCCUCGACGACUGCGUCACCGUCUCAGCAGAUGACGAACCCUUUCCGAACAUCUAUGCUCAUAACAAGUCAAACCGGUGCAGUUGGCGGUUUCGGUCAGCAGCAACAGGCCGCUCAACCGUUGACACGCCAGAAUACAAACCCAUUUUCCAAGAGAUUGUCCACUGCUGUUCCGUCGAAUCCCCCCCCCAUCCCGUCUUCUUUCCAGCAGAAUCAAACUGCUGCGCAGCCACUUCAACCACAGCGCACAGGAACCAAUCCAUUCGCAAAACAAUCGCCAUCCCCCCAAGUCAAUCUGCAACCAUUACAACCUAACCCAACGGGAAGCACAAAUCCAUUCCGCCAAAGUGCGUUCAUCAAUCAACAGUCUGGCCAGGGAUGGCAAGUGGGCGGACAGCAGGGAACAAUGGGUGGUCUAGAACGACUUGGCACGGUGCCGGUGUUCCCUCGACCGGGAUUUACAUAA